AUGGCUGGUCUCGGUGAAGGUAGUCAAAAAAAGCGAAAGCUCACAGACGUUCCCGAAAUUGAAAUCGACGUGUCCGCCCCCGAGCCUCCGUCGAAGAAAGCUCUGCGUAAAGCCAAAAAGAAGGUUGCCGAGCCUACGGCAGAUUCUACAACGAAGGAAGAGGCCGCUGUGCCCAGCAAAGAACAAGAUGCCUCGCAGAAACGUUCGGACUACGGCAUCUGGAUUGGAAACCUGGCCUUUUCUGUAACCAAAGAUGAUCUGCGCAAGUUUCUCAUAAGCAAUUGCACUUUUGCGGAUACUACAAUCACCCGUAUACAUCUGCCCAAGGGCCAAGAAAAAUUUGGAAAGGCUCAGAACAAGGGCUUCGCUUACAUCGAUCUUGCCAACGACAAAGCUGUGAAGGAGGCAGUAGGGCUGAGCGAGCAACUUCUAGCUGGGCGCCGUGUGCUGAUCAAGGAUGCGAAGAGUUUUGACGGCAGACCAAAAAAGUCAGAACAGGAGGGACCAUCUACAAAACCUCCUUCGAAACGGAUAUUCGUUGGCAAUCUCGGCUUUGAUGCUACAAAAGAGACAAUCGAGGAACAUUUUGGACAAUGCGGUACCGUCACGCAUGUACAUGUGGCAACGUUUCAGGAUACUGGAAAAUGCAAGGGCUAUGCUUGGGUGGAGUUCGAGGAUCUUGCUGCCGCCGAAGCAGCGGUGAAGGGCUUUAUGAUGGUUGACGAAGACGAGGAAGAUGACGAGGGCUCCGGAGAGGAAGAGUCCGGAAAGAGCAGGAAGUCGAAGAAACCCAGACAGAGGAGGGUUUGGGUGAACCAGCUUCUUGGUCGACGAAUGCGCAUGGAGUUCGCGGAGGAUGCGACGACACGGUACAAGAAGCGGUUCGGUAAAGACGGGGAAGGCAAAAGGAACGAUGAAUCGGCCAUUACUGAAGUGGAAGAUGGGCGUCCCGAGCAGGAGUCGACCGGAGACAAGCCGCAACGGUCACGGUCUGAAAAGCCCAAGCGAAGCAAGCCUGAAUACUCAAGAUACGACAAGGAAACCGUGCAGAAGCUGAGCGGUGCUAUUGUCGAACCCCAAGGAAAGAAAAUCACUUUUGAUUGA